GCAACACUGUGAAUUAUUCUUCUUACCAAAAAAAAAUCUGACUUUCGGCUGAAAAACGAAAUUUUCUUUCAUCAGUCAUUAUAAACCGCUGUCAAUAGGGAUUAUUCUAAACACAUUCUUGCUCGUGUGAAAUCUCCUUAAAAUGCUCAUCAAGGUUAAGACACUAACUGGAAAAGAGAUUGAAAUCGACAUAGAACCGACUGAUAAAGUCGAACGCAUCAAAGAACGAGUAGAAGAGAAAGAGGGAAUCCCACCUCCACAACAAAGACUUAUCUUUUCAGGAAAGCAAAUGAAUGAUGAGAAAACUGCUGCUGAUUAUAAAGUCCAAGGAGGAUCUGUAUUGCAUUUGGUGUUAGCUUUGCGUGGUGGCUUAUAAUUGUUUUUCCCAUCUCAUUGUCAUGUAAUAACAAGUUCAACAAUGAAAUACAAAUUUGAAAAAUAA